AUGGAUAUUGCUAAAUCCUUGUUUAAUGUUCGUGACCACGAAGGUUAUGUUGGAAAGGAGGACCAUAAUGUUAGUAUUUUUUAAUCAACUGUUUAAUUUUAACGAAUUUUCUAUAUUUCGUUUGUAAAUAAGCAUUUAAAGUAUAAUAUAUUUGUAUAAAUGAGCAAUUUUUGUAAAAUAAUGUUUAUUUUAUGAUGAGAGUUGCUAAGAAUCAGACAUCUGUUAACAUAUUAUUGAUUUGAAAUACACAGUAUUUUUGUUUUUUAGAAAAAAUUAGAAACUGCCGCCUCUGAGGAUGAAUUUGAAGUGGAGGUCUCAGGAUUAUGUAGCGAAAUUUUGUCUCCUGCGCCUGGUGGUCCAUUUUUUGCAUUGACACCAUCCAUGUGGCCCCAAGAUAUUUUAGCCAAGUUAAAUCAACCUGAUGAUCCAAAUUCCCAACCUGAAUAUAGGUUCGACGAAUUUGGUUUUCGUGUAGAAGAAGAAGAUGGUCCAGAACAAAGUUCAAAGAAAUUAUUAGGGAUUCCAUUUGUCGAAGAUCCCCAACAUAGACUACAAUGGGUUGCUCUAUUGGAAUUUAGUCACAAUAAAGAAGUAGCUGAAUUUUCUUGGCAAAACAUGGAUAGAAGAUUACCGCGUACAGACAAAUUGCGAGAUAUGGUUCAUCGAGGUAUACCUCAUUCUCUUAGACCCCAAAUUUGGAUGAGAAUGUCAGGAGCACUGCAGAAAAAAUGUUCUUCUGAAAUAAUGUAUAAAGAUAUAGUAAAAGCAUCAAGUAAUGAUGCAUUAGUAACUAAUAAACAAAUUGAAAAGGAUCUUUUACGUAUUAUGCCCGCCAAUGCAUGUUUCAGCCAUCUCCAUAGCACAGGAAUACCACGUUUAAGACGUGUUAUGCGUGCUCUUGCUUGGUUAUAUCCUGACAUAGGAUACUGCCAAGGUACAGGAACAAUAGCAGCCUCUCUUUUAUUAUUAUUAGAAGAGGAAGAUGCCUUUUGGAUGAUGGCUACGAUAGUAGAAGAUUUAUUACCAGCAUCUUACUACUCUUCUACAUUAUUAGAAUAUUUAACAGGUAUUCAAGCUGAUCAAAGAGUACUUCGUACAUUAGUGGCAAAUUAUCUUCCUGACAUAGACCAUGUUCUGGUUCAGCAUGACAUAGAAUUAAGUUUAAUAUCUUUACAUUGGUUCUUGACUUUAUUUGCAUCUGUUGUACAUAAGAAAAUAUUGCUCCGCAUAUGGGAUAUGUUUCUUUUUGACGGAUCUAUAGUUCUGUUUCAAGUUACACUUGGAAUGUUAAAAAUUAAAGACAUCUUUAGAAGUAAGUGGAUCAUUAACAGACGUUUUGGUUGAAACUCAUAGACGUAGACAUUUGGCCUAUUUAAUGACAGACCAAGGUGGUCUGGUGGGUAAUCCUGAUGCUGUACCAAAUUUACCAAAACAACAUCUCAAUAGAAAUAUUGGUUGAUUUAAGAGAAGCUGUAUUGCAAGUUGCUAGACAUUUUAUAAAUGUCGACCCAAAAUUAAAUAAUAUCGUGCUUAUAGCAGAUUAUAGUAUGGAAAGUCACGCAAAAGAUCAUGAUAACUAUGUCAAUGUGUCACGCACUAGAAAAAGAAGAGCUAAGGCAUUAUUAGAUUUUGAAAGACAUGACGAUGAUGAAUUAGGUUUCCGGAAGAAUGAUAUAAUUACGAUUAUAAGUCAAAAAGAUGAACACUGUUGGGUGGGAGAACUUAAUGGAUUAAGAGGAUGGUUUCCUGCAAAAUUUGUUGAAUUAUUAGAUGAAAGAAGUAAACAGUAUACAUGUGCUGGAGAUGAUGCCGUUAGCGAAGCUGUUACUGACUUAGUCAGGGGAACGUUGUGUCCCGCUAUAAAAGCAGUAUUGGAACAUGGAAUGCGUAGACCAUCGUUCUUAGGCGGUCCAUGCCAUCCAUGGCUUUUUAUUGAAGAAGCUUCAAACAGAGAAGUAGAAAAGGACUUUAAUUCAGUUUAUAGCAGAUUAGUACUGUGUAAAACAUACAGAUUGGAUGAAGAUGGCAAAGUUCUUACACCCGAAGAGUUAUUAUAUCGAUGUGUUCAGUCGGUAAAUUUAACUCAUGAUAAUGCACAUGCACAAAUGGAUGUAAAAUUACGAUCUCUUAUUUGCCUAGGAUUAAACGAGCAAGUGUUACAUUUAUGGCUUGAAGUUUUAUGUUCAUGUGUAGAAGUUGUACAAAAAUGGUACCAACCGUGGAGUUUUAUAAACAGUCCCGGUUGGGUACAAAUUAAAUGUGAACUACGAAUAUUAAGCCAAUUUGCAUUUAAUUUAAAUCCUGAUUGGGAAUUACCACCCAAGAAAGAACAAUCACAACCUCUGAAAGAUGGUGUUCGUGAUAUGUUAGUUAAACAUCAUUUAUUUAGUUGGGAUCUUUAG